AUGGGAGUCGAGUUCGACUGGUGGCUCAAUGAGGGGUCAGGGGGAACAAUGCUCAAGGCGGACGGCAAUCACUAUUGUGAUAUGACUGGAGAUGGAGUUGACGACUAUAUAUGGGUAUCUAGCGAAGGUGAUAUCCAGAUCUUUCGCAAUAUCAUGGACCCUCCCAAUUGGGGCCAGCAUGGUUGGUACUAUAUCAAAGACUGGCCGCGCAAACAGAUUCGAAUAGCCGAUAUUGAUGGUGAUGGAAUCUGUGAUAUCAUAUACCUUGAUAGGUAUAGCGAUGUGGAUGACUGGUAUAAGACUGAGUAUAUGGGACCUGGGUCAUCCAGCUUUAAGUUUACUAGCCAAGGACCACUGAAGGAGAUGGGUUUAUGCAAUGAACGUGAUGGAGUUGGUCUAUUUGACCUCGCUGUCCGUUUUGCAGAUCUUAAUGGCGAUAGAAAAGCAGAUCGACUGUGCAUUGAUCCAGACGGACGGACGUUCGCCUGGGUCAGUACGCCUGGAAGCGGCUAUGUUGAUAUGGGACAAGUCAAGAAGCCUGAAGGCAAAGACAGGGCCAAUCUCCGUUUUGUAGACGUGAACGGAGACGGCAUGGCGGACAUGAUCUGGCUAGAUAAGUUUGGCGGGAAGUCACAAGUGUGGUAUAAUGAGAAGAUGGAGCCUGCUCCCAACACCGCUAGUAGCAUGACUUGGAGGCCUGGUGGUGACGCGUACCUCCAAUCAGCCAGAGGCGAAUGUAUCCACUAUGCCAACUUACGAGGCACAGGGCGCGCUGAUAUGAUCGACGUUGAUCCGAGGACUAACAAAGCAACCGCUUGGUACUCAACUCCUUGUGAUGGUGGGUAUGGGCUCAGCGGCACUGAUGAUGGAGAGAUUCGGGAUCCAGGGCUCCCAGUGAAAGAUAUUCCUGACGGCCCGCAAGAUCCAGAUCCUCCUCAGGAACAGGUACCAUUCCCGUCUUUCCCUAGGUUCAUCGCUCUAGGGGACUCCUACUCGGCCGGUGUCGGAUCCGGUGAUCCCAUCAUCGAUGCGUAUGACAUACGAGGGGAAUGUCACAAAUACGAAGGCGCCUAUUCCCAUCAGCUCUGGAAACAGGAGUUGCCUCUUCAAAACCAACAGUUCGACUUUAUUUCCUGCGCUGGGGCCAGAGCCAUAAACAUGUUCGCCGGAGGGAAAAAGCAGCACAGCUAUCUGAACGGAACCCAGGUCGAACUGAUGAAAACAGUCCCUGGAAAUGAGUACGGAUGGGCAACUCUGUCGCUUGGAGGCAAUGAUUUAGGUUUUGGUGGCAUAGCUAUCUAUUGUCUUUACGUCGCUGAACCACUAAACGUAUGCGGAAAGAGACUUGCCGAAGCAUGGCGGCUACUCGAAGGUGACGACUCUGAGUUCGAACGAGCUAUGCGAAGCGCCUAUUUGCAGAUUCUGGAGACCGCUACAACACCACAAUUCACAUUGAUUGUGACUGGCUAUGCUCGGUUUUUUAACGAGGAGGCGGACCACUGCAUUACGAAAAGCCUAAAUCCACUGAUUCGUUACCCUAAGCUAACGCGCGAUAUACGGAGCCAGCUCAAUAACCUUGUUCUGAAAGUCAACAAUGUACUCAAGAAGCUCGUUGAGGAAAUCAACAAAGACAAUGAGACAAGGCAUCCCCGAAAGUACAUUCGCUUCUAUGAUAUCGACGGCAAUUUCAAUGGACACCGUAUCUGCGACCAUGAUACUGAAGACUGGAACGAUGAGCAUUGGUUCUUCACACCAAUCAGGAAUCUAGAUCCUCGUCCUGAUGAGCCUAAUGUGCCCCCUCAGAACCCUGGGAGCAACUAUGACCAUGAAUUGAAGCGUCGCAGCAAGGGAGGGAACUACUUUUGGGAGGACCUCUACCCGGUGGACUACUCAAUCUGUCCCCCUGAAGACACCUGGGGCGAACUGGACAACGAACUCGGCGACGAGUGUGCCUUGAUGCGAGCGAUGGAUCCAGGCCGGGCGUCGUACCCUACUAACCUCGAGCCCAGAAGCUGGGAUGCGGCAAAGCGGUGGAAGUCGCGAAUGAUGCACCCUAAAUGGACCGGACAUGGUGCAAUCAAGGAUGGCAUCGCCGCUCAGUGGAAGAAUAACUGGGGCCGCCAUGCGGCGACGUACAAGAAGUAG